AUGUUCUUAAUUGCGCUCGUGUUUUUGGCGAUAUUUGGCAUCACUUUUGGUAUACCAGCAAUAUUACCUGAGCCACCGGAAAACGAAGUAAUAACCCACAACUUCCCAUUCGUGGCGAGGUCAGAAUGGAGAGCGAGAACGCCAAAACAGAAGCAGGCGCUGCAAACUCCUGUGCCAUAUGUCGUGAUCCACCAUUCGUAUUCUCCUCCCGCCUGCUAUGAAGCAGCGCAGUGCGAGAAUGCUAUGCGCAGUAUGCAAGACUUUCAUAUGGACAGCAGAGGAUGGUGGGAUAUAGGAUACAAUUUUGCAGUGGGCAGUGACGGCGCAGCAUACGAAGGUCGGGGCUGGGGUAUACAAGGAGCACAUGCAUUACAUUUUAAUAGUGUUAGCAUCGGAAUAUGCUUAAUCGGUGACUGGACAAAAACGGAGUCGAACCAUCUAGUGACUAUGGAUAUUUUAACAUUUCCACCUUCUUUUUUACUCUUCUCUAACCAGAACCAAGGCCUGUUUUGUCCACAUGUGGGUUGGAGAGCACAGAACCAGUACCUUUGCCAAGAUUCGUUGCCACCGAUGGAGCAAAUUAAAACAGCAAAGUCACUUAUUGCGCAGGGCGUUGAACUUGGCUACAUCAAACCUGACUACAAAUUAAUAGGACAUAGGCAAGUACGUGACACUGAAUGUCCUGGAGCCACAUUAUACCAGAACUUGAAGACCUGGGAACACUACGUAUCUUUUCCAGCUACAAGUAAAGAUCUUGUUCAUGUAGAAGAACUGCCCGAACAUGUUAGAGAAAUUUUAAGGAAAAAAAAUAUUAGCGCUAUAGUAGAAGAAUAA